AAUUGUUGACGACAGAAAAAAAAGGUGAAAAGGAAGCUAAUCAUUAACUCAAGUAGUCAAUGCUUGUGUGUGUGAGAGAGAGAAUUUCACAGCCCGACAGAAGUUCCAACGAGGAGGAGGAGGAGGAUGGCGACGACCACUGGCAGGCUCCGGGCCAAGGGACACAUGUUGUACAGGUACUCCGCUGUGAGUCUGUGCCAAGUGGCCAGGUUUUCCGAGAGCACCGACAAAGGCUGGUUUCGUUCCCUGUUUGUGCACAAAGUGGACGCCAGACAAGAUGCCCACUCCAACCUGCUGUCCAAGAAGGAGACCAGCAGCUUGUACAAAAUCCAAUUUCACAACGUGAAACCAGAAUGCCAGGAAGCCUACAACAGUCUGGAGGCCGAGGUGCAAAAGAGGCUCCAUCACGAUAAAGACUUUCCGUGUGAGGUUGUAGGGAGCUGGAACACCUGGUAUGGAGAACAGGACCAAGCAGUGCACCUGUGGCGCUACCGAGGGGGCUACCCUGCCCUGACGGAAUGCCUCAACAAGCUCAAAGUUAACAAGGACUAUUUGGAAUUUCGCAAAGAGAGGGCAAAAAUGCUGAAUUCCAGGCGGAAUCAGCUGCUCUUGGAGUUCAGCUUCUGGAAUGAACCUCUUCCCAGACCAGGACCAAACAUCUAUGAAAUGCGGACGUAUUACCUCAAGCCAGGAACCAUGAUCGAAUGGGGCAAUCACUGGGCGAGGGCUAUCAGGUACCGCCAGGAGAACAACGAGGCAGUGGGCGGCUUCUUCUCGCAGAUGGGUGACUUGUACGUGGUCCAUCACUUAUGGGCUUAUGAGAACCUCCAGUCUCGAGAGGAAACGAGGAACUCGGCCUGGCUCAAAGAGGGAUGGGACGCAAACGUGUACUACACUGUGCCUCUCAUCAGGAGCAUGGAGUCCAGGUUAAUGAUUCCCACCUCCAGUUCUCCGCUGCAGUGACGGCGUCUCCAUCGACUGAUACUGCCACCUCCACAAGCUCCUACCUCCACGUCAGCAACAAUGGAUUCUACGGCCUUUGGCCACAAAAUGCGGUACAGAUGGACAAGAACUACGUCAAAAUGCUUCCUUUUAAAUGAGGUCUUCAUUGGCAAGUCAUUCUGAGAGGUGCUUCUAAUAUUGUGACCCUCUGUACUGCUGUGUCAGUCCAACGUGAGCAUGAUUAUCUUUGUAAAGGCAUCAUUUUAGUACUGGGUCUCAUUUAGAUUGUGUACCUAAUGAAGUGGCCGCAUGAGCGUUUAUUUGCACAGCGAUGUAAAACGCGACCAGAUUAAUGUGUAUAUUUGACAGUAGAAUCCAACAUGAUUGUUUAAAAAAAAAAAAAUUGUAACGAAGGAACAGUCUCCGCUCUGAAAAAGAGUGUCUGCCAGAAUAAAAGCUUAGAGAAUACCCACCUUCCUGUCAUUCUUUCUGGAAUUGAGUGAAAUACAGUAUAAAUAUAUUGUCAUUGCACAACAAAACUGCAUGCAUAGAAUAUUACAAAUAAAUAAUGAACUAAAACUGGGUGAAUAGUAAG